AUUUUUCUUCUCCUAGAUCUUGUUUUGGAACCGAAUGUGUCUUGGGAGUCUCCUGCUGCUGCUGCUCUCCAGCACACAAUAGUUCCCUUGCACACGGAAUCAGUUCAGUCACACAUUGAUUAACACAAGAUGGAUGGAGCUUACAAGAUGGAAGAUAAUACUUCAUUAGUGAGAGGGGCUCAGGACAUUGCCAAGGUAGUCAAGAAACAGGCAGGGAGGAAAGGGAAUGCAACUGUAGAGAAAGCUCAAGACGAGUAUACGGAAAGAUCUUACAAUAGAUUCCAAGGCAGAGAAGAUGAUGAAUACUAUACCCAAGAAGGAAAUUACGGUGGUGAGGCAAAUGAAGAUGAAGGAUCAAGUGAAGCGACUGAAGGGCAUGAUGAAGAUGAUGAGAUUUAUGAGGGGGAAUAUCAGGGAAUCCCAAAUGCGACUCAGAACAAGGAUGGGAUCGGAGCCUUAGGUCAGCCCGUACGAGAUGACUACAAAGAUCGUCUUGAACUGGAAACGGAGAGAAAAGCUGAUGAAGAAGAAUUGGCACAGCAGUAUGAGCUCAUCAUUCAGGAAUGUGGGCAUGGACGUUUUCAGUGGGCCCUCUUCUUUGUUCUUGGGAUGGCGCUAAUGGCUGACGGGGUGGAAGUUUUUGUGGUUGGAUUUGUAUUGCCCAGUGCUGAGACAGACAUGUGCAUCCCUAAUUCUGGAUCAGGAUGGCUUGGUAGCAUAGUAUACCUUGGGAUGAUGGUGGGGGCAUUCUUCUGGGGAGGCUUGGCAGACAAGGUGGGAAGGAGACAGUCUCUUCUCAUAUGUAUGUCUGUCAAUGGAUUCUUUGCCUUCCUUUCAUCAUUUGUCCAGGGCUAUGGCUUCUUUCUCUUCUGUCGUUUACUUUCUGGAUUUGGGAUUGGAGGAGCUGUUCCAGUUGUAUUCUCCUAUUUUGCUGAAGUUCUCGCUCGAGAAAAACGUGGAGAACACUUAAGUUGGCUUUGCAUGUUUUGGAUGAUUGGGGGCAUCUAUGCAUCCGCCAUGGCCUGGGCAAUCAUCCCUCACUAUGGAUGGAGUUUCAGCAUGGGAUCUGCUUACCAGUUUCACAGCUGGCGAGUGUUUGUCAUUAUGUGUGCUCUGCCCUGUGUUUCCGCUGUGGUGGCACUUACCUUCAUGCCAGAAAGUCCAAGGUUCUUGCUUGAGGUUGGGAAACAUGAUGAAGCUUGGAUGAUUCUCAAACAAAUUCAUGAUACAAACAUGAGAGCUCGUGGUCAGCCUGAAAAAGUUUUCACAGUUAACAGGAUAAAAACUCCCAAGCAAAUAGAUGAGUUUAUAGAAAUAGAAAGCGAUACAGGAACCUGGUACAAGCGGUGCUAUGUCAGAGUGCGUACAGAGCUGGAUGGUAUUUGGUCAACUUUUAUGAGGUGUUUCACUUAUCCCAUCAAGGACAGUACGACCAAACUUGCAAUAGUAUGGUUUACUCUUUCUUUUGGAUACUAUGGAUUAUCAGUCUGGUUUCCAGAUGUGAUUAAGCAUCUACAAGCAGAUGAGUAUGCUUCUAGAAGGAAGAGUUUUGGAAAUGAGAUAAUAAAAGACUUUGACUUCAACUUUACUUUGGAAAAUCAGAUCCACUACAAUGGAACUUUCAUCAAUGACAGGUUCACAAUGAUGAAAUUCAAAGCGGUUACAUUUCAAGAUACUCUCUUUAGUACCUGUUAUUUUGAAGAUGUUACUACGCUGAAUACGUAUUUCAGGAACUGCACUUUUGUGAGGAGCAUUUUCUUCAACACAGAUCUUGAACCAUAUAAAUAUCCUGGCAGUGAAUUUAUAAACUGCACAUUCAUUCACAACAAGACAGGGUGUCAAAUAUCCUUUGACGAUGAUUACAGUGCCUAUUGGAUUUACUUUGUUAAUUUCCUGGGGACUUUAGCUGUACUACCAGGGAAUAUCGUCUCCGCUCUUCUGAUGGACAGAAUUGGGCGUUUAACAAUGUUAGGUGGUUCUAUGAUUCUUUCUGGAAUUAGCUGCUUUUUCCUGUGGUUUGGUACAAGUGAAUCCAUGAUGAUAGGCAUGCUGUGCCUGUACAACGGCCUCACCAUCUCGGCGUGGAACUCCCUUGAUGUCAUCACUGUGGAGCUUUAUCCUUCAGACAGGAGGGCAACAGGCUUUGGCUUUUUAAAUGCACUAUGCAAAGCAGCAGCUGUCCUUGGAAACCUUAUAUUUGGUUCCUUCGUUAUCAUCACCAAAUCAAUUCCUAUUCUCUUGGCUUCCUCGGUUCUAGUAUGUGGAGGCUUGGUAGGACUUCGGCUCCCAGACACCAGAACCCAAGUGCUGAUGUAACUUGGGAAGGAUUUUGGAUUAAAAGCCAUUUCCAGUUUGUUUUCCUCCCUUUCCAAGUGUCAGAUCUCCUGGCUGGAUGGGCAAAGGCUUCAGAUUCUCAGUGCAUGGAAGGUGACUGUAUAGCAGAACUCCCACUAACAUAAUGAAAACACUGUAACAGAUUUAAGCCCUUUUCCAGGGUGCUUCUUCAUUCAUUCAACACACGAAAGGGGGGUGGUACCCUGCCUGCUUGCCCCACCCCUCCACCCUCUGACUCUCACACAUUCAGCAAAAGUUUGGAGGAGGAAGCCUCCAUUGGUAGUAUGCUCUGUGUGACUGAAUACCACCCUCUAGUUGUACAGGAUUCCCAAGUACUUUUAGCUGUGUGCAUAGUGGCUCACCCUUCAUGUAUUUGCUAAAUGUAUGAAGGGUGGAGCUGGCAUGCACAUAUUGACAUUGGGGGCAGGUCAAGCAGGCACGCCACCGCUUUCUCCUCUACUUUUGAAGAGGGCUAUUGUUCAAGCUUUAUAAAUUCUACAUGGCCCCUUGUAUUUCAGGCUAAAAGGGCAGUUCAGUGAAGAAUUGGUCGCCUUGACCUCAGCUGAACAACACUAGGGUAAGAAUUAUGUGAAUUGCCCCAUUAAGAGUUGCUUGUUUCCAGUCGAUCUAUUUUAAGUGAUUUAAGAGGACAGAUUGCUGAAACAAAUCAGUAGUUCAUAUGUGACAGUUUUCCUACAACAAGGUCAUCUCUGAAUAGGAAAAAAGAAGUGUUUUGGAAUGAAUGUUUUGUUUGCUCAUGAGUACAGGGGUGUAGGGAAAAUGUCACAUCUAAAAUAGCUUUUAAAACUGCAACAUGAAACUAUCCCUGUAGUUUAACACUAAUGCUUUCUGUGCCAAAAAGCCACAAAAGUGAAUAUUUACUAUUUUUAAUUAAGCUGAUAAUAAGCAGAAACUUCAAGGCCUUUCUUAGUAGUAUACGUUAAUCUAACUUGCAUCAGGAGAUACAACAUAAAAUGGAACAGGCUGCAUGACUGUACUUCAAGACAUAUUUCCUGCUUUCUUAGAAUAAGGGGUUGGGGGGAUGGCAUUGCCACUUUCAUAAGAAACCAUUUUUAUGCAAAUUCAGGCUGGGCACAAACUGCCUGUUGCUGUUCAAUCUGUUAACUAUCUAAUAACUUACUACGUUAUCGCAGCUGAGCUCCUCACAGGGAAGUAAGGCAAAAGUGUAAUAACAGAAAUGUUUUAUGGAUGUGCCAUGCUCCUCAAAUGAUGUUAAGGGUUUCUGUAAAAUUGCACUAAAUGGAAACAUUGCCCCUUUCCCAUUUUGGAAGCAAUC